UUAAAAAUGGCGGCGCCCUUGAAGUUUGUUGCUAACAGAUUGAUUUCCCAACAAAAUAAUCUUACCCGCUCAACAUUUUGUCGCAGUUAUGCUAAGAAGACUAAAAUGCCAAGACAGAAAACUUUCCUUCAUCUUGGACAACCCAUUAAAGAAGAUAGUACCUACUUCACAGGUUUACAGAAAUCGGACAGGUUGUUAGGUUUGCCCCCAAGGGAGAAGACGCAUCCAGAGACCCCGAAGCCAGGGCAAUACGAAGUCAAUCCACCGAAAGGCGCCAUCUUUGAUAAGAAACCCUUUCCCAUGGACCUGGAGGCCGGGAAACGCUACAAAUGGUGUUCAUGUGGUUAUAGCAAGUCUCAGCCAAUAUGCGAUGGAAGCCACAAACACAUGUUCCGUCUUUUAAGCCACGCCAAGAGUUCAAAUGCAAUAAUGCACGAGCCAGUUACAUUUGAAGUAGAGAAAGAUGGGCGAUAUUGGCUGUGCAACUGUAAACAAACAUCAAAUAGACCAUUUUGUGAUGGGACGCAUAGACGUGAAGAUAUUCAAUUGAAAAUUAAAACUUAAGGGACAAAUUUUGUAAUCUAUACCUGUGUGCAUUGAUUUCAGUCAUUUUAUGUGCUCAUGUAUCUUCAUUUAUAUGUACAUGAAAAUCUUAAUUAUUAUGGUUAAUAAAAUGUACCAACA